AUGUAUUCGGACAAUGCAACUAAUUUUGUAGGGAGUAAUAACGAAUUAAGUAAAUUAUUUCAAUCACAAGCUUUCGGUGAACUAACCAAUAAAUUAGAAAUGCAAAAUCUUCACUGGCAUUUUAUACCAAGUAGAUCCCCUCAUAUGGGCGGUUUAUGGGAAGCGGGUAUUAAGUCAGCAAAAUACCACAUUAGUCGAGUGACGAAAAACGCAUUGCUGAAUUACGAUCAGUUUUAUACCCUAUUAGUUGAAAUCGAAGCAUGUUUGAAUUCUCGUCCUUUGACACCCCUUUCAAAUGACCCCAACGACCUAUCACCUCUAACUCCUGGCCAUUUCUUAAUCGGGAGUCCACUAAUUGCGUUGCCUCAAGAAAACUUGGUCGAUGUUCCAUCCAAUCGACUAAAUCAUUGGCAGCGCAUUCAACAAAUUAAACAGCAUUUCUGGCGACGCUGGUCAUUAGAAUAUCUGAACGAGUUGCAACAACGCACGAAGUGGAAGGCGGCGUCGAAGGAAGAACUCCAACCAGGAGCACUCGUUGUGCUCAAGGAGGACAACCUGCCCCCGCUUGCGUGGAAGAUGUGCCGAAUUCAAGAGCUCCAUCCGGGCAGUGACGGGCAUGUGCGGGUAGUUUCCGUGAAAACAAUUAGCGGUAUAGUGAAGCGUCCAAUAAACAAAGUGUGCGUUUUACCAAUUGAAUAG